GAAACUGCUGAACAUCUUCCAGAGUGACCUGUUCCAGGCCCUGCUGGACAUACAGGAGUUCUAUGAGCUGACGGUUUGUGAGAAUCAGACGAUGAGCCGACCACACACACCUGGACAGAAGUAUCGUUACCAAGAUGAUGAGACUCCACCUGUCGACCCCAGCCCUGGUCACAUGACCCACGGACACAGCACUGAACUGAGCCACGCACACCUGGACGGAUACACACACCCUGCCGCACUCACCAUGAACGGGUCAGAAGGAGAGCUGGAGUACGAAGAGAUCACACUGGAGAGGGGGAACUCUGGUCUGGGCUUCAGCAUCGCAGGAGGAACUGAUAAUCCUCACAUUGGAGAUGACCCAUCCAUCUUCAUCACUAAGAUCAUCCCUGGAGGAGCCGCCGCCCAGGAUGGACGCCUCAGGGUGAACGACAGCAUCGUAUUUGUUAACGACGUGGACGUGCGUGAGGUCACUCACUCCAUCGCUGUCGAGGCGCUGAAGGAGGCGGGGCCUGUCGUUAGGCUGUACGUCCUGCGGCGACGCCCACCGAGUGAACGCAUCACACAGAUCAAACUGAUGAAAGGACCUAAAGGUCUGGGCUUCAGUAUAGCCGGCGGUGUGGGGAACCAACAUGUUCCUGGAGACAACAGCAUCUACGUCACCAAGAUCAUUGAGGGCGGAGCAGCACACCGCGAUGGACGGCUACAGAUUGGGGACAAAAUACUGGCUGUGAACCAUGUGUCUCUGGAGGACGUCCUGCACGAAGACGCCGUGUCUGCCCUGAAGAACACGGGGGAGGUGGUCUACCUGAAGGUGGCCACGCCUGCCUCGCAGUACAUCCACCCCGCUGAUCGAUACAGCCCCCCCGACCUGACCAGCUCCUACAUGGAGCCUGACUACAUGUGUGAUUACCCACAAGCCCUCCCUCCUCCAUCACCACGACGAUACUCACCUAUCCCACGUGGCAUGAUGGGAGAGGACGAUUAUUCCCGGGAGCCUCGCCGGGUCUGUGUGCAGCGCGGGUCCACGGGUCUGGGCUUCAACAUUGUUGGUGGAGAGGACGGAGAGGGAAUCUUCAUCUCUUUCAUCCUGGCAGGAGGACCAGCAGACUUGAGCGGAGAGCUCAGGAAGGGAGACCAGAUCCUCAGUGUGAACGGCGUGGAUCUCAGGUAUGCAACACAUGAACAGGCAGCAGCAGCUCUGAAGAACGCAGGACAGACUGUUACCAUAGUAGCACAGUACAGACCUGAAGAGUACAGUCGUUUUGAAGCAAAAAUCCAUGACCUGAGGGAGCAGAUGAUGAACAGUUCAUCUGGAAGUCUGAGAGCCAACCGCAGCUUCUACGUCAGGGCCUUGUUUGACUAUGAUAAGCAGUGGGACUGUGGCGUCCUAUCACAAGCUCUGGACUUUAACUUUGGGGAGGUUCUUCAUGUGAUGGACAGCGCUGAUGACGAGUGGUGGCAGGCCAGGCGAGUGAACCAGCAGGGCGAGCUGGAAGAGCUGGGAUACAUCCCAUCCAAACACAGAGUGGAGAGAAAGGAGUGGUCACGCAUGAAGAGUAAAGGUCGAGAAGGUUUCGUUCACAGCUACGAGCUCAUCACUCAGAUUGAAGUGGACUACGCUCGUCCCGUCAUCAUCUUGGGGCCGACCAAAGACCGAGUAAAUGACGACCUGUUGUCUGAGUUCCCGGACAAGUUCGGCUCCUGCGUCCCUCACACGACUCGUCCUCAGAGGGACUACGAGGCCGAUGGGCGGGACUACCACUUUGUGUCGUCACGGGAACAGAUGGAGCGGGACAUCCAGUCCCAUCGCUUCAUUGAGGCGGGACAGUACAACAACCACCUGUACGGGACGUCGGUGCAGAGCGUCAGACAGGUGGCCGAGCAGGGGAAACACUGCAUCCUGGACGUGUCGGCCAACGCAGUGAGGAGGCUGCAGGCCGCUCAGCUGCACCCAAUCGCCAUCUUCAUCCGACCGCGAUCCCUGGAGAACAUCCUGGAUCUGAACAAGCGUCUGUCGGAGGAUCAGGCGAGGAAAGCUCUGGAUCGAGCCAUCAAACUGGAACAGGACUUCCUCGAGUGUUUCACAGCCAUCGUGCACGGCGACAGCUUCGAGGAGGUGUACCACCUGGUCAAAGCCGUCAUCGAGGAGCAGAGCGGCCCAUACAUCUGGGUUCCUGCCCGUGACAGACUCUGAUUGGCCACUCACAAGUCUCCAUGGAAACCACCAACAACUCCCACCUCCUCCUCCAGCAGGACCUGAUGGAGAGCAGACGUUUCUCUUUUUUUGUUUUGUUUCUACGGGAGGAUAAGAAGCGAGCGCACUGAUUGGAUGGAUACUGUAGGCGUGGACCUGUCUGUCUAUCAGUCUGUCUGUGUGUCAGGCAGACAGGUGAAUUAUUAAUUGAUUAUGUGUUGAUUCAAUAAUCCUGUAUUAUCACUAAAUAAUGAGUCAGAGGACCGUAGAGUUCAAUUGGUAUUGAAGUAUUUAUAUUAUCCUAUUUAUUUAUUGAUUUAUCUAUUGAUUUAUUGAUCUAUUAUUUAUGUGAAAAAGGUGUGUGCGUGAGUGUGUGUGUGUAGUGUACAUAAAGACUUGUGUGACUGUAAAUAAAACGAUGGGGCUCAAACACACAGUCUAUUCAGGGCUUAACUCAAAUACUGGACUACACACACAGUCCUCCUCAUAUGGACUACAACUCCCACAAUCCUCCUCAUAUGGACUACAACUCCCUCCGGCUGGACUACACUCCCCCUCUGUUGCAGUGGACAGGCAGAGUUUUUAGCGAUUACUGUCUCUCAAGAGGUGAAACGGAGACCGAACUCUUCCAUUUUUAAGCAAAAGGCUUUGGACUACAUUACCCACAGUUCCUUGCUCCAAUGAAGGAUUGCACCACCUACAAACAGGCUUGUUCGCCUGGAAAGUGGCUGAGAUCAGGCGGCGGCAGCAGGACAGGAGGCUGCAGUCAAGUCGGACGGUUUCCAAAAGCCUUGAAAGAAUUUACAGGAAAAACAUUCGCUUCCUGCUGGAUCCACCUGGAGGCGGCCUGUAGUUCGCAGACCGUGUUCGGAUACCUGCGGCCGUACCUGUGCCUUGUGAAGCACUUUGUAAUGACUCGUUCUGAGAAGUGCUGCAUAGAUAACCUUUAUUAUUACUAUCAUCAACCACACAAGAUGUGUUUGCUAACAGGUUAAACCUGCACUGCACAACAUGAGACCAAUAGUCUACAAUCUAGUGUUAAACACAAAACGUGGUAUUUGUGGUCGAGCUAGGAGCCAAUCAGCUCAUUGAUCAGGCGACGGCCAGGUGUUUCCCAUCACGACAUCAGAGCAAGUCGUGAUCAAGUUCUAACCGACAUGCGUUGUGCCGCCAUGAACGUGACCGAUUCUGCGCAGGUCUGGCUCGUCUCAAAUGAGCCUCAAACUACAGCACAGAAGGACUACAUUACCCACAAGUCCCAGCAACAGAUUUCUAACCACAAUCCUGUACUGUGGGUCCAUGCUAGUACCCAUGAGUCCUGCUGGAUUCUGGACCACAAUACCCAUGAGUCCUGGCGUAUAACAGGACCAGAGAGGACAUUAAAGGUCAGCUGGAGGAGGAGCUAAAGCUUUAGACUCACAACACUCACCAGGACAGUGUGGGGGUGGGGCAUGGUCACCUGUGGCCACGCCCCCUCACAUUCCAUUACCCACAGUGCUUUGGGAGAUUCAACAUUUACCGGAGGAAGGAAAUGCUGUCCUUCUGUGACAUCAUCUGUGACAGCGAACAGUGUGUAACCAUGGCAACUGGGACUGAUGGUGGAUCCAAUAUGGCCACUGCUGCUCCCAAACUGGUUCCUGAUGGUUCCAGUGGGGUUUUUGAGACUGAAUAUCAGGGUCAUGUGAAUAAUUCUAACAAUUAUUAUAAUGAAAAUAAUCCUAAUUAUUGAUGAUGUAGUAUCAUCUCACACACACACACACACACAGCGGGGUUACCUGAGGUCAUCUUUUCUUUCUGAGCACUGACAGAAGUUCCACUUUAUAAACGCUAUAAAAUCAUAUCUGAAUAUUUAUUAUCCUGUUUCACACACACACAGAGGAGGCGGUUGGUUCAACGACUGGCUUGUUGUA